CCAACUUAGCGUCACUGAACAGGCACUCGAUGAGCGCCACCCGGAGAUGCUGAAAGUCCGUUUUUGCACGGCAAUCAAUUGUAUCUUCUUUCGUACCUAAUCUGAUCGACCAAAGUUGCAUUAAAGGUCUUGUUGCGACAUGUCACAGGCGCAAAGGUGCCGCUGAUGCCUCGGACCGGGCACGUCGACAUGUGCACGUACUGCCGGUCUCAACAAAUCGAUGAUCCACCACAACCUCUCAACAUCAUCAGCGACAUUUGAAAAGGCCACUGACCCCGUCUAUCACACCCGAAACAUGCCAUUAUAACCACCACAAACACAUUGCACACAAUGGGCGACCAGAGCACCCUUCGCCAACGCCAUGUUGACCCCUCAACGCCCGCCCCUCCAGCGCCUUCCACCAAGCCAACCAUCCAGAGCGCCCUCCUCAGCUGGGAUGCCAUCGACCACUGGCGCCGCGAUAAUCACUACAUCACCACUGGCUAUCGCAUAGACAAACCCUCUUACCACCAUACGUUCCUUUCCUUGACGCAUCUUCACAACGAGAGCGUCAACAUCUGGUCGCACCUGUUGGGCGCCGUCAUUGCGGUCUUGUCCUCGACGUACCUCUACACGCAGAUCAAGCCGCGCUACGAGAGUGCGAACCAGCAAGACGUUAUUGCUUUCGGCUGUUUCUUCACCGGCGCGUUUCUCUGCUUGGGCAUGAGCGCGACCUUUCACGCCCUACUCAGUCACAGCCAGGACCACGCGAAAUGGGGCAACAAGCUUGAUUACACGGGUAUCGUCUUAUUGAUUGUUGGCAGCUACGUCCCAGCACUGUACUAUGGCUUUUUCUGUGAGCCGUUACUCAUGAGGUUCUACCUGGGUCUGAUUUUCACCCUCGGAACUGGCUGCGCUCUUGUCUCCUGGGUGGACAGAUUCCGCACUUCGGCGUGGCGUCCUUACCGCGCUGCCAUGUUCAUCGCGCUUGGCCUCUCUGGCAUCAUUCCCGUGGCCCAUGGCGUCACCAUCUUCGGUUACUCUGGUCUCGAGGAUCGAAUGAGUAUCAGCCUCGUCAUCCUCCAUGGAGCGACGUACAUCUUCGGCGCUGUCCUCUACGCCUCUCGAUUUCCCGAAAGAAUUGGACCGGCCGGCCGCUUCGACAUCUGGGGCAGUUCGCAUCAGAUCUUCCACCUCUGUGUGCUGCUCGCAGCAGGUACGCACCUGUACGGCAUGGGCAAGGCGUUCGACUACCACCAUACCGGUCUUGGUUCGAUGUGUGUGCUCGACUGAUCACUUUUUGUCCAACCCCAAGUCGAGUAUCUGAACCAAUCCCGAGCCCACGGCCACGGCAGCCCAACAACCACAUCCUUCGUUUGGGUUCCACUCUAUCGCUGUGACGCGGGUCAAGGGCUCGUGGAUGACAACCUUGGAC